AUGAUUCGAAGCAUACCAUUAAGUGAGAAGAAUUUGCAUGAAAAUAUUGAAAAUGGAAUAGUGGAAAUUAAUUCGGAAGAAACCGUAGGAUUUGAAAUAAAUAUCGAAGAUUUCCCAGAAGAUCCUUUGCCCGGAAAUCAUUUAAUAAGUCAAAUUUCUGAAGGAUUCCCCUCAUUGGAAGAUAGUGAGGUGGUGGAAGCGGCAACAAGUGUAGAUUCAGUUCCCAAGGAUCCUAAUGUAUUGGACUUGAGUGUGUUCGGCAGUUCAUUGUAUCGCAUUCCGGACUACAAUAAUACCGCACGCCUUGUCGAUGAAUAUCAACCUGAAACUGCACAUGUUAAUCCCGAAGAACUUGGAUCCUAUUUAGAAGGUGAUAUCCUCAUGCCACAGAGCUCGGUGAUAUUAAAAAAUGGUCUCGUCUCGACGGCAACACGUUGGCCCAACGGCGUAGUUCCCUAUGAAAUUGGUGCUCAGUUCAAACGUCGUGAACUUCAAAUGAUACACAACGCCAUACAGGAAUAUCAUCAGCGAACCUGUAUACGAUUUGUGCCGCGAACCAACGAAAAGGAUUACAUUUCAAUUGUCAACGGUAAAUCGGGUUGUUGGUCAUCGAUUGGGCGGGUGGGUGGCAAACAGGAGGUUAAUUUACAAACCCCAGGAUGUUUAACUAAACCCGGUACAGCAAUACACGAAUUAAUGCAUGUUUUGGGUUUCCUCCACGAACAAAAUCGCCAGGAACGCGAUGGAUAUGUUGAUAUCAAAUAUAAGAAUAUUAAACAGGCGGCCUAUGAUAAUUUCAAAAAGGUAUCACCCACGAUUGCCUUUGGGGUGCCCUACGACUACGCCAGUGUUAUGCAUUAUUCGGCGAAAGCAUUUUCACAAAAUGGUCAGCCGACCAUUGUGGCGAAGCAUCCUAAGGGCAAUCAAAUGAUGGGUCAACGUAAUGGCUUUUCCCAAUUGGACAUAGAUAAAAUCAAUCGUAUGUACAAUUGUUACGACAACGAGGAUUAUAACGAUGAUGUACAAUCGACGGAAUUUCCUACAAGUACAACAUCUGAAAGACCUAUACGAAAAAUGGGAAAUGUUUUCAGCAAUUUGAUGUCGCGACUUAAUCCUUAA